AUGUCACGUCAGUUUGGCAGCAUCAAAACAAAGCGAACGUGCAGGAAACGUACAGCACACAUUGUUGACACGGAAACCCGCAACCAGUUUCACACAAAUUGCUAAGCAAAAUGAAGCUCACUAUUAAGAUAUUGAAAGGAGAAGAAUACUCUGUCGAGACAACAGAAGAGGCUACAAUUCAGCAGAUUAAGGAAGAGAUUGAGAAGAAAAGCUCCAUACCGGUGGAGCAUCAGAAGCUGCUGCUGGUGGGGAAAGCGCUGGCAGAUGAAAAGACUGUCGCCUCCUAUGGCAGCAUUGUGGACGGUACGAAGCUGACGCUGGUGGUCAAGAAGCCGGAUCCACUGCGGGACGUCAUCUACCGCCACUUCAAGCGCUACCUGCAGGAAGAGCAAUCGCAGCGAUUGACGACCAAAUUUAUGGACGACUUUGAACAAAAGCUGCACCAACUCAGCCUGGACGAUCUGGAAAAGAUCGCCACGGAGAUGUUGGCGAAAAAGGGCCAAAAUGUGACAGCUUCCGACGCCGUGUAAUUUAGGCCAGACGAGCUCCGCCGCACGAGUGAUGUUCCAUUUACCAACUAACACUACUGUUUCAAUAUUCAAUAAAACUCCACACGCAACCAAA